AUGCACUUCUCAAGCCUCACCCUCGGCCUCAUGCUCGCUGCCAGCACCAGCACCUUAGCCGCGCCCACAACCCUGAUCAAGCGCCUCGACGCCAUUCCGCUCGCCAUCUACAGCUACGACAAAUGCGACCCCUCUGUCUCCGUCACAACAGCCUACAUCCCCACCGACGGCAGCUGUUUCCAGCCCAGCCCCAUCUUCAGCGGAAACACGAAUUCCUUUUCCAUUAAUCCAGCGGACUUGGCGCGGCUACCCAAGGGCUGUACUUUGGAAGUCUACGCGGAUUUCGACUGCGCGGGCGCCAAAAAGUUCGAUAUCAAGACUGUGAACCAGUGCUUUACUUUUGGCGCCUUCAAGCCCAUUCAUUCGGCCAAGACGGUGGGUACCUGCAACUAA